CGUGCGCAUGCUCCCUGCUUCCGGAGGUCACUCACGCCGGUGCGCCGCGAGCCCCGAGGUCACCAUGCUCUGAAGAGAUGGGGGCUUCGGUGUUCCGCGCCCUCAGGAAUUUCAACCUGGAGAACCGGGCGGAACGGGAGAUCAGCAAGAGGAAGCCCUCCUCGGCUCCCAGACACCCUUCCACCAAGAAGCUCCUGGUGGAGCAGAUGAGCCAUCAUCCAGAAAUUGAACGAGAAGUUACUAACAAGGAUAACAAGCUGCACUCAUUUUUGAAAGAUAUAUACGUUGAUUCCAGAGAUCCCGUGUCUUCCCUGAAGGUAAAAAAUGUUCAACCAAAGCCAGUGCCAAAGGAGUUCAGAAUGCCGAAAGACCAUCACUCAGAAAUGAAUGUCACCAGCAUUCCUAAAGGCAAAAUUUCCAUUGUAGAAGCACUGACACUUCUCAAUAAUCAUAAACUUUAUCCAGAAACGUGGACUGCUGAGAAAAUAGCACAAGAAUACUACUUAGAACUGAAUGAUGUAAAUUCCCUUCUCAGAUAUUUUGUUACUUUUGAAGUCUUUUCUCCAGAAAAUAAGAAAGCACUACAAUCAAAGUAAGAACAUCACAAAAUGACUUUUUAUAGCUCUAUGCUGUUUAUCCCUUCUGUUCAGCCUACUAAAUUGUACCAGUCACAGUGUGUCUCAUGCUCCCAAGUCUGAGAAGACACUAUUGAGUUCAGUUUCUAGGAUUUGUUCCUAGGGUAUAUUUUGUUAUAAACGUUAAUUUGAUUUAUGUACUAGUUCUGUGUAUACAUUAGCAUGGCUAAUCACAUCUAUAAAAUUACUGUAAAUUAAAGAGAAUGUGUCGUUGUAGGCAUAUGUAUCAAAUCAAGUAGCCAGAAUUCCACAUUUAAAAUUCAAAGGAUUUCCUUCCACUUAAGGUGAUGAAUUACUUUGUUGUGGGGUUUUAAAAUAAGAGCUUUCUUGACUCCUA